GCCAAACCAGGCGCGACACUGCCGCCGAACAGCCAUACGAUCCGUCCAACCAUCUUGACCACCCGCACGACCCACAGCCAUGGAGAGAAUCAAAGAGCGCCUCCAAUCCCUCCGCCAGGAGGCCGACGCUGCGGUUGCUCGCGCCGAGGAGGCAGAAGCCAAGAACAAGAAGUACGAGCAGGAGUUGCUGGAGAAGGAGCAGGAGAUCGUGUCGCUGCAGCACAAGUUGUCAGUGAUGGACGGCGAUCUCGAGAAGGCGGAGACGAGGCUCGCUGAUGCGAAGGCUGCGCAGGCGGAGGGCGACCAGAGCAAGACGAUCAGCGAGGGUCUGCAGAGGAAGAUCCAGUUGCUCGAGGAGGAGCUCGACGCGGCGGACAAGAACCUCAAGGACGCGAUGGAGAAGCUGCGGCAGGUGGAUGUCAAGGCGGAGCACUUCGAGCGUCAGGUCCAGCGGCUGGAGCAGGAGCGCGACCAGUGGGAGAAGAAGUACGAGGAAGCUCAAGCAAAGUACCGCGAGUCCAAAGCCGAGCUGGACGAACUGGUUGCCAACAUGGAGGGGCUCUAAUCGGUUUAUUGCCUUCCAACGCUGUGUCCAUUCCGUCUCCGUCACCGAACUACGUGCCGGCCUCCUGCUCCUACUUCGCUCGCUGCUUACGGGCGCGAUGCCUCACGAUCAUAUACACUCACCUACCUUACAAUCUGGGUCUCAUCGCCGAUGUCCUCGUAUUAUAUGCAUGAAUCGAACUAAAGCAAGUCGAAAUCGGGUAUGAUCCAGUGCGCUGAUUA